AUGGCCGAUACAGCUCGCAAAUACGAUAUUUUGGUGUGGGGAGCUACGAGUUUCACAGGGGCACGACUUGUAGAGUACCUGGCGCUCAAUGCGCCAGCUAAGACGCGCAUAGCGUUAGGCGGAAGAAACAAGAGCAAGCUCGACAGUGUUCAGACUAGCCUGGCAGCUAAGCACCCCUCAGCAGCCGGCACACUCAGAGCCAUGGACAUCCUGGUGGGCGACAGCGCCAACGCAGCCAGGCUACACGAGAUAGUGGCGCAGACCAAGGUCGUUGCAUCCACAGUCGGCCCAUACACGCGCCAUGGCACCAAGAUAGUCCACGCAUGCGUCGACGAAAAGACAGAUUAUUGCGAUAUCACCGGUGAGCUGCCGUGGGUUAAAGAGAUGCACAGUAAGCUGAACGAAAAAGCCGUGCGGAACAACGUGCAUAUUGCGUCGCUCUGCGGAUUCGACUGCAUUCCUGCGGAUCUCGGCUGCUUGAUGCUCGCACAGUAUGCUCGCGAAGAGUUCAAGGAGCCGCUGCUCCAUGUCAAGGGGUCGAUAGUUGGUAUUCGCGGCGGUCGAGCAAACUGCAGUGAAAAGUUUGCGAAGCGCGGUCUGAUCCAUUAUGACGAGACGCUGGGCCGAUGGCAGACGUUCUGGAUUAUGAGCCUGGUCAACUCUCAGACAGUAAACUGGGCGGGUGAGGUGCUGGGCUACGGCCCUGGCUUCCAAUACGCCGAGUCCAUGUCCGCCCGCAAUCUGUUCCACGCAGUGGUCAUUGCCUUGGGCCUGUUCUACGGCGUAAUCCUCAUAUUUUUCAGCCUCACCCGCAGUUUUCUCUAUGCAAUCAAGGUUAUUCCUCGCCCCGGAGAUGGUCCAAGUGAGUCGUUCACCGAAAGCGGAUUUUUCUCGCUACACCUCGAGGCAUCCACGGCUAACCAUGUCUUCUAUGGCAAAGUGACCGGUAGCAGCGACCCUGGGUAUGGAGAGACCAUUAAGUAUCUCGGCGAAAGCGCCCUCUGCCUGGCGUUUGAUCGCGACAAGAAGUUUAGGCCGGGCGUGUAUCCACCGUCGGUCAUCAUGGGCGAUGCCCUGCUCGGCAGACUUCGCGGCAAGGGCUGCCAGUUCGAGGUUGCUCGCAAACCGAUUGCAGCAGCGCUCAAGGGCAGCGCCAAAAAAAAACUCUAA